ACUGACCUUUCGCUUCCCCAACCUAGCAGCGGGCGGGUCACUUCUGGCGCAGCCGGCAGAUCUCCCCCACCCCACCCGCAGAGGCCGGCUUGCCCGCCCCUCCAGCUAGUCGUAAAGUGCAGUAAAGGCGCUGACGUUUUGCGGCACCGUCGGUGAGGCCGGCGGCGUGGAUUUUCUCUGUGCGCGAAUCAUCGCUUUCGUCUACCUGGACUUUGAAAUGCUUUACCUGAUCGGCCUGGGCCUGGGCGAUGCCAAGGACAUCACAGUCAAGGGCCUGGAAAUUGUUAGACGCUGCAGUCGGGUGUAUCUGGAAGCCUAUACCUCAAUCCUGACUGUAGGGAAGGAAGUCUUGGAAGAGUUCUACGGAAGAAAAUUGAUUCUUGCUGAUAGAGAAGAAGUGGAACAAGAAGCAGAUAAUAUUUUAAAGGAUGCCGAUAUCUGUGAUGUUGCAUUCCUUGUGGUUGGUGAUCCAUUUGGGGCUACCACACACAGCGAUCUUAUUCUGAGAGCAACAAAACUGGGAAUCUCUUACCGAGUUAUUCACAAUGCUUCCAUAAUGAAUGCUGUAGGCUGCUGUGGUUUACAGUUGUAUAAGUUUGGAGAGACGGUAUCUAUUGUUUUUUGGACAGACACUUGGAGACCAGAAAGCUUCUUUGACAAAGUAAAGAAGAACAGACAAAACGGCAUGCACACGUUAUGCUUACUAGACAUCAAAGUAAAGGAGCAGUCUUUGGAAAAUCUAAUCAAGGGAAGGAAGAUCUAUGAACCUCCUCGGUAUAUGAGUGUAAACCAAGCAGCCCGGCAGCUUCUGGAGAUUGUUCAGAAUCAACGAGUACGAGGAGAAGAGCCAGCAGUCACCGAGAAGACACUCUGUGUUGGCUUAGCCAGGGUUGGAGCUGAGGACCAGAAAAUUGCAGCAGGCACUUUGCAGCAAAUGUGUACUGUGGACUUGGGAGAACCGUUACACUCUUUAAUUAUCACAGGAGACAACAUGCAUCCAUUGGAGAUGGAGAUGCUAAGUCUGUUUUCCAUACCAGAAAAUAGCGCAGAAUCCUAAAGCAUUGAUGGAAUGGAAGCAUAGACGUUUUCUAUUGUUAGAUGUUAGUUUCAGUCAUAUAUGCACAUACCCGUAUUUGUAUAAUGAACAGUUCUUUUGGUGUACCUAAUAAUUAUAAAACAAGUGACCAAGAAGAAAGAUCUUGACUCAAUAAUACUUAGUAUCCUGUGGCAGUGAGUUUUUUCCUUAUGACAUCAUCAUCUGUUGCUGCUAUUUUGGUGAUUUUUGAGGAUGUACACACAUGGAGCAGACCAAGCCUGAAAACUUGCGGACAGAUAUUCAUAUUGUUAUUUAAAAGCAGUUUUUACUUAUUAAAUGAGUUUAUACAAUGUGGAACUUUCUUCUUUUUUAAAAGUCAGCUGUGCUGACCACAAGAUGAAUUGUUCUGACAGUAGUUGGUAUUAGUGCUUUAAGCAGAGGUGGGAAGAGUAAGUACCACCCAACCGUCCUCUUACUUAAAGCUCAGCUGAGUACAUGCCACAAAAUGACAUCUUUCUGAAUUGCCUUGUCUUGUUUAGCUGACACUCUAAUUAUGUGGUUCAUAUUCUGCUGUAUUUUGGAGGUUAUAUAAUUGCUGAAUUAUAAAUGUUCAGCCAGCCAUGGACAGUUGCUGUUUGGUUUUAAAUAGCAUCUUUCACAUCCAAGUGGACAAAUGGAAAACUUAAUGACUAUAAAAUAUGGCUUUAAAAAAUUUAAGUUUGAAGACAUUGGGUUAGGCAAGAUUUGUCAUAUCACUUAACUCAGUAAUAUGCCACCGUAUGUAUGUAAGUAGUCACAUUCUUUUUCCUAGUUAUAAACAGCUCUGCAUUUAUAAUAUUUCAUGACUACUGUAGAGUCUUGUACUUUUUGUUCAUAACAGAAAUAGCUUUGCUAGAUGCUAGUUUGGUUGGUCUAACUCUAAGUAUUUCCAUGGCUUAAUCAACCAUAGCUUAAAUUUUGUUAAAUUCAUUGGAAGUUGAACAUAUACUUCCCUACUUCCUGGGAGCAUUAAUUAACAAGAGAUUAUUCUUAUUUCAUUUGAGAUAAAAGGUAUUUUAAAUAUACAUGAAAUAUUCUGUUUUUAAUCUGUUACAUAAAAAGGGAGAGAGCCAAGGACAUUUAAGUACCAGUUCUGUGUUGUUUUCUUCUGAGGCAUUAAAGCAAGCAUUGAAGAAUUAUAUAAGGAAGGACUUCUGGCUUUGGUAAUGGUGGAAUAGCUUGUAAUGUACAAGCCCUCCCAAUUAUAAACUCUGGGAAAAACAUAACUGUCUGAAGACACUGGGGAAUGACCAAAAGCAGGCUGAGAACUAUACUUAUAUAUAGCUUUUUCCCUCAGGCCAUUCCCCAGUCUGUCUGUUAAGGGAUGGCUAGAAUUCAAGAGAAGGCUAGAAUUCAAGAGUCUUAUUGGCUUGAGGUGUCAGAGAAAUUGGGGGCUGCUAGAGGAGCUGUAAAGUGAGGAGGAAAUUCUAGAAAUGGAGAUGGCACUGAAGGAGGAGCCAGCCUUACAGUCUGUAUACGAAUCUCCUCUUAAUUCUUUGGCUAACUGCUGAAUUAUGCUUUGUACAGGGGAAGACUCCAUGAACCUGGUGGAAAGCCAUAGCUGGAAGGCUGAAAAAUCUGAGCAAAGUUUGUUGCUCUGUAUUGCAAGGGAAAACAGUUUUGAGUUUGAAUCCCGUCAAGUUAGAAGGCUUGUAACACUAGUUUUGUGGACAGGAAGCAGUGGCUUCCAUCAGCUUCAGCGAAGACAUUCAGAUGCCUGGAGGCCCAUAGUCCAAAUUCUUACUGGCUAGGAGGAGAACUGGGAGUGAGGGCAUUUUUGAAAUGGAAAAAGAAAAAGGAAGCAAAAACUAACAUCCUGGAACAAAACUAGAAACCUCAGAAAUCAAAAUGGUUUGGAGGGAAGAGCACAAAAGACAAGACCAACAGUCCAGGAGGGACCCUCUUAACUCUGAUCCCUCAGCUGUGAAGUCCUAGCAGAGCACAAAAGGCUGACGCUACCUGGUGUACUUGGAGCUGGGGAUUUGUAGUGACGAUUUCCGUCUUAAAAAGCUAGGUACAGUGUUUUGGAUUGUACAGUACCAGAAAUAUUGGGUCCCCCAAAAAGGACAAUUUCUUUUCAUUCAUUACAUGGCCGCAAAGUCAAUCUGUACAUAAAGCUGUCUCACUCCAGCCUGAAAAGUAAAAAAAAAAAAAAAAAAAAAAUUAGAAAAUCAAACCAAUAACACACUACACAUUUCAGAAAAUUAAUUUAAAAAAAAACUUUUUUUUUUUUUUUUUUAAAGGAAAGCAUUACUUUUCUCUUCUGCCUCUGGAACAAUAAUUCUCUAUUUUUCAUCAUAAAGGGCCAGCAAUGUUACUUUAGAAAUAAGCAUAGUGACAAGUUGCAAAAAACAUCCUUCAUUUGCCUCUAGGGAAGAAAGCCAUGCUACUGAUUAUAAACCAUGUCCCAGCGAAAUUUGGAACAAUUAGGUUACCCGUGUACUGUUACUCUGCCAGAGAACACCAUAGUGCUUGCUUAGUUGGCUACUAAAAUCAUAAAUCGAUCCAGGCCCCAUCUCCCUGUGACGGAUGAUUAGUAAACACGUAUGACCAUCUGUUGGUCAUUUAAAUACAUUCUACUCCUCUCUUCCAUUUUGGAUAUGAACUCACUAUUCAAAGACCGUUCUCUAAAUUGCCACCAGCUCUCCUACAUUACCAAUUUUUGUGUAUUUGCUGCCUACAAUUCCUUUUCUCUCUUCUCUUGAACACAUUUCAGCUGAACUUUUGCCACCCACCACUUUGCAAAGCUGUUGGUCAGGGUCGCCUCCAAGGUGCUCAGACCAGUGCUCACUUGUCAGUCCUCUUAGCAGUUAGUCUAUUAGCCAGGACACAGGCGAUCUCCUCUCCUAACGAAAACGCUUUUCCCCUCUUGGCUUCCAGAGAAUACUCACUGGUAACUUUUUACCUCAUUUAUCAGUCUUCCUUAAUCUCCUUUGGUGCUUCUUUCUCCUAACUUGGAGUACUAAGCACUAACUACCCAAAGGCCCAGUCCUCAGAUUCCUUCUUUUUCUGCACUGUUCCCUAGCUGAUCUCGUCUAAUAUCCAGACUUUCAGUACCAGGUAUAUGCUCAUCCUCCCACAUUUGUAUUUCCACAUUGGAACCUACCAACCGUCUACUUGACAGUUGCAGCUAGAUGUCUGACAAGUAUUACAACACAGCCAAACUGAACACUAUUGCCUCUCCUCAAAGCCUGGUGCUCUUGCAUCUUCUGUGGUUCAAUCCCACCCUUAAUGUUACAACUGAAAGACCUUUCUCUCACACUCAGCCCAUUAGGAAUACCGUUUGCCUCACUUUCAAAACACCACAGUCCCAGAAUCUGACCACUUCACAUCACCUCCAAUUGCUGCCACUUUGGCAUGAGGCACUCUCAUCUCUUGCCUGGAUUUGGUAAUGGCUUCCGAUCUAGUUCCCAUGCCUCUGCCUUUGCCUUCCUUUGGUCUACGUGCAGCAGAACAGUGGCAGUGGUAUCACUCCAGCACUCAAAGCCUACAACUGCUCAUCUUCCUUGGUCCUUACAGUGGCCUACAAACCCCCGUGACCUGGUCCCAAUUACCUCUCUGACUCCUCUCCCCUUGUUCCAGCUUCACUUGACCCUUCUGCCACUAACAGUGUUCCCUGAGAUAACCAUGUGACAUGCUCCCUCUCCGGUCAGACACCAGUGAGGCCUACCCUAUAUAAAAUGCAUUCGGUUCAUUUAUACAACAAGUAUGCUCCCUACCCUUUCCUAACCCUGAUUCCCCUAUCCACAACACUAACCACCUCCUGACACAUUAUAAAAUUUAGCAUUUGCUAUGCUGCUGUGUUUACUGUUGCUCACCCAUUAUCAUGUGAUCUCUCCAAAGAAAAAAAGGAUUUUGUCUUUUUUUUCACUGCUGACCUCUAUACCUCAAGUAAUGCCUGGCACAGAGUAAGUAAUCAAUAAAUGUUUACUGGAUGAACAGAAAUUCUACUAAAUUCCUUCUUUCAAAUAAAAAUAAUUGUUUAAAUGAAAGCAUACAAUAGUUUAAGAAUUUUCUUGUCAGUACCACAGAAUGAAAGGUAAAUUAGAAUAUUAAUGGAAAGGAAAAGAGCCAGAGUGGGGGAUAAAAAUCUAUUAACACUACCAUCUUGAGGUAAUUUCUAGCAUGGCUUUAUUUCCUAGCGUUCACGGCGGAGGGCUCUGCAGGGCACUGAUGGGUGUGUGGGAGGAGCAGGAGCAGGAGCGACUCUGAUGGGAUAAAACACUGGGGAGACCUGGAAGCUUCCCAGCACAGAACACCCUUCAGCUUUCUUGCUGCAUUAAAAAAUAAUAAUAAAAUAAAUCUUUGCUGCGGUCAAGUUAAA